AUGGGGGAGGAGGAUGUCCAGGCGGCUGCCGUUCCAGCUGCUGAUGUUCUAGCUGUUGAUGUUCCAACUGAUGAUGUUCCAGCUGCGGAUGUUCCAACUGGUGAUGUUCCAGCCGAUGAUGUUCCAUCCGAUGAUGUUCCAGCCGAUGAUGUUCCAGCCGAUGAUGUUCCAGCCAAUGAUGUUCCAUCCGAUGAUGUUCCAACUAAUGAUGUUCCAGCCGAUGAUGUUCCAGCCAAUGAUGUUCCAGCCGAUGAUGUUCCAGCCGAUGAUGUUCCAGCCGAUGAUGUUCCAGCCAAUGAUGUUCCAUCCGAUGAUGUUCCAGCCGAUGAUGUUCCAACUAAUGAUGUUCCAGCCAAUGAUGUUCCAGGUGAUGAUGUUCCAGCCGAUGAUGUUCCAGCCGAUGAUGUUCCAGCCGAUGAUGUUCCAUCCGAUGAUGUUCCAGCCAAUGAUGUUCCAGCCGAUGAUGUUCCAGCCGAUGAUGUUCCAGCCAAUGAUGUUCCAGCCGAUGAUGUUCCAGCCGAUGAUGUUCCAGCCAAUGAUGUUCCAGCCGAUGAUGUUCCAGCCAAUGAUGUUCCAGCCAAUGAUGUUCCAGCCAAUGAUGUUCCAGCCAAUGAUGUUCCAGCCAAUGAUAUUCCAGCCAAUGAUGUUCCAGGUGAUGAUAUUCCAGCCAAUGAUGUUCCAGCUGCUGAUGCUCCAGCCGCUGAUGUUCCAGCUGAUGAUAUUCCAGCUGACAAGGUUCCUGGUAUAUGUUAA